UGUGUAACGCAGUCUCUUGCAAGCGGGGUCCCAUAUUUGUUUAUGGUCGCUGUCGCUAUCCUCCUCUUUGAACUGCGUUCCCAAGAGAAAAGUGCAGAUCGAGCUGCAAUCUUCGGCUUUUACGAUGCACAACGCGAACUGGCAAGACCAGAACAACGAGAAGGCACUUCAUCUCUACUACGCACAAAAACAAAUGGAAGUGCAGAACAACCUGGUACUGGUGGUAGUCGAAGAGACGAGCCUAUCGAUUCCCCAGAAUUUCUCGAUUACUGGCACACCUGGUUUCCAGGAAGUGAGCACCUAAAUUGCCGAUUUCUGUUGACGGUAAUUAGACUUGCGGGCCUCGGGUAUUAUCCUUUUUCCUGCGCCUCCCUAAUCCCGACACUGCGACUCCAGACGGUUCAGAAACAAGCCCUUGUGCGGGGCAUUGCUGGUGAAGCUGAUAAAAAUAGGAAAGAGGACGGGGUGUUGAUGGAUUGUAGUGAAGGUACAAAGAACCGCAAGAAGGAGAAGAACAUUGCCUCGACAAAAACAAAAAAAUCAAGCGACCUAGAAGAUGGUGGUGCAAGAAGCCUAGAAGAUGCCGGCCAAGCCACUGCUAAUCAAGAUGAAAUGGUUGCACUCCUGUUUGAAGCUCAACGCAAAAACAAAGCUACAUCUACAAGGUCACGGCCUAUAUCUGGAAA